CUGGCCCUCGGCCCCUUGCAAGAAGUUCAAGUGGGCCGAUGGGGUCCGGUGUCCACCGGUGAGAAACAGCAGCGCACUUUGUGCGAUCCCUGCGAGCCCGCAUGUGUGAUUACCCUCUGUUAAAAGGAUAAAAAGGCAACCUGACAGGUCAUCCUGUGGGAUUUUCAGACUUGAAUACAGCAGAGAUGCACCAGCAGACAAGAGCCACUACACUUGUUUGCACCGUUCAGCCACAGCAAAGAUAAGAGUCCCGGAGUCACGGCUCUUCCCCAGGUUGCUGGAUUGUUGGCAUGUCCAGGAGAUGUGGAUGUGCUACACACAUUGGCUGUGCCCUGUGCAUAGUCAAGUGCUCUGAAAGAAACCCAGGCAACUUCCUUGUCCUGCCUGGCUCAGGAAACGUGGACACAGAAUCAUGAGGAGCGAGCAGGACAUUGGGAUGUGUGGAGAGAAAAGAGGGCUGACCAACAUGGCCUGCAAAGAUGGUGCAGCACCACUGGACUGCUUUGCUUGCAGUGACAGGAAUGCAAACUGGUGAUGGAUUUUGAUCUGACUGGAGCGUCCUUCCCGGGCAGCGCUGCGGCUCCCCGGAAGGGUCGGUGGCCGGCUUUGGGGGAGCGAUGACAGCGGUGCGGAGAGAGGCGUUCGGGCGGAUGCCCGCGGAGCAGGGAGGAGGAGAGGUGGAGAAGUUCGUCUUACAGUCGGACAGCGUGAAAGUGGAGAUCCUGUCCUUAGGGUGCAUCAUCGCUGCCCUGGAGACUAAAGACAGGGAUGGGAAGUUUUCAGAUGUUGUCCUGGGAUUCGACACUUUGGAAGGUUACACAAGGAAGCACCCCUUCUUCGGUGCUGUCGUGGGGCGUGUUGCCAACAGGAUUGCGAAGGGGAGGUUCACUUUGGACGGGAAGGAGUAUCAGCUGUUCCUCAACAAUGGGCCCAACAGCCUGCACGGAGGAGCCAAGGGAUUUGACAAGGUUCUCUGGAGCCCCGAGGUACUCCCGGAUGGUGUCCGCUUCUUCCGGCUCAGCCCCGAUGGUGAGGAAGGGUACCCUGGAGACCUGAAAGUCUGGGUGACCUACACCCUUAGUGGCAGGCAGCUGGCCAUCAACUAUCGAGCCCAGACCAGCAAGACGACACCCAUCAGCCUGACAAACCACGCGUACUUCAACCUCGCAGGGCAGGGCUCCCCGGAUGUCUAUGACCACGAGAUCUCCAUUGAAGCAGAUUCCUACCUGCCUGUGGACGACACCAAGAUCCCUACCGGGGAGGUGGCCGCCGUGCAGGGCACCGGAUUCGAUCUCCGGCAGCCUGUGGAGCUGGGAAAGCACUUGCAGAAGUUUCACCUGGAUGGCUUUGACCACAACUUUUGCCUGCAGCAGGUGCAGUCUCCACGCCUUGUAGCCAGGGCUCGCCACCCACCCACCGGCAGGACCAUGGAGGUUCACACCACCGAGCCUGGCAUCCAGUUUUACACCGGGAACAACCUUGAUGGCUCCCUGAAGGGCAAAGGUGGGAUCACAUACCCCAAGCACUCAGCUUUCUGCUUGGAAACCCAGAACUGGCCCGACGCCGUCAACAAGCCCCACUUCCCCAAUGUCCUACUCCAUCCGGGUGAGGAAUACAACUCCACCACGUGGCUCGUGUUCAGCAGUGCUUGAGCAGAAGGGCUGCUGACUCCUGCCAGUGAGAGGGGACUUGCACUUCUUUGCGGGCUUCCUGAUGGCGAGCGGCUGAAAGGAAAAGAACCCACAAUUAACAUUUCAGCAGUCCUUUGGAGUUCAUGAAUACAGGAAAAGGCAACAGGACGACACCUAGACUCUGGCACCCUUUAAGCACUGUUUUUAAAUAAAAUAACCAAUCAGUAUGGAAAAUGGUAAUAGGUUGAUGAUUUAGACAUGAUACUUUUUUUUUCUUUCAAAUUUUUGCAUUUCUUUCCUGUUAUUCUUAUAAUACAAUUUACAAGUGAUUACUGUCGGGCUAUCUAAUUACUAAUAGUGACCUUCAGAGAGGUAGGAUACCUCUUCGCUGUUCUGAAACAUCAGCUUGUCAAAACCUAUUGUGAUCAUUCAGCGUUUGUGAGUACCUACUCACACCCUUGUGAUUGUUUGACACUGAAGUUGUAAAAAUGAACUAUUAAAGAAUUCAAAUUAGGGAGAAA